AUGGAAGAAGAUAAUACUGCUAAAAUAAUUGGUUCACAUGAUAAUCUUUUAACAGACCCAAGAAUAGCCCAAGAUUUCAGUAAUGAAACUGAUGAAUUAUUGAAAAAAGCAGAAAAAUAUUAUAAAGUAGGAGAUUUUGAAAUUAUAUUAGAAGAUCUUAUAACAUUAGAGAAGAGAUGUAGACAAUCUUUUGAUGGGGUAUCUACUAGUAAAAUAUGUUGUUUUAUUUUAAAUAAAUAUAAAUUAAAUAAUAAUUAUAAAAAAGUAAGUGAAUAUCUAAUUUUUUUUAAUAAAAAAAGAGGUCAGUUAAAAAGAACAAUAAUUGAUAUGAUAAAUUUAUGUAAAUCUUGGAUUAAUGAUAUUGAAGAUAAAGAGGAAAAAUUAAAUCUAAUAAAUACAUUAUGUACAAUAAGUGAAGGUAAAAUAUUUGUUGAAGUAGAAAGAUCAGAAAUUAUAAAAAUUUUAUCAAAAAUAAAAGAAGAUGAUGGUAAUAUUGAAGAAGCUGCAAAUAUUUUACAAGAUGUACAAGUAGAAACUUUUAUAUCUAUGAAUAAAAGAGAAAAAACAGAAUAUAUUUUAGAACAAAUGAGAUUAGUUUUAUUAAGAAAGGAUUAUAUAAGAUGUCAUGUAAUUAGUAGAAAAAUCAAUCCCACUUUAUUAAAUAAUGAAGAAUUUUAUGAUUUAAAAUUAAAAUAUUUUAUGUAUAUGAUUGAAUAUUAUAUAUAUGAAGAAUCCUACUCCGAUGUUGCUAAAUGUUAUGAAGAAAGAUUCAAUACAGAUUUUAUUUUAAAAGAUCCUAAUUUAUGGGUUGAAGAAUUAAAAUGUUAUAUUUUAUUUUUAAUUCUUUCUCCAUUUGAUGAACAACAAAGUAAAUUUUUAAACUUAAUUAAAAUUGAAAAAAAAAAGUUAAAAGAAAUACCUAUAUUUGAACAGUUAGUUAAAGAUUUCAUUAAUCAAGAUUUAAUCCACUGGCCUUUACAAUAUCAAGACGAACUACUUCAAUUUUAUGUUUUUAAUGAUACAAAAUUUAUGGGUGGAGAAAAUAGAUGGAACCUUUUUAAAAAAAAAGUUAUGCAUCAUAAUAUUCAUGUUAUUUCAAAUUGUUAUAAUAAAAUUUCGUUAAAUAGAUUAUCCGAAUUAUUAAAUGCAUCCGUAGAAGAAACUGAAAAUCUAUUAUCUGAAUUAGUUUCAAACAAAUUUUUAAUUGCAAAAAUUGAUAGAUUAUAUGGAAUUAUUAAAUUUGGACAAAAAAACAACCCAGAAAACUUAUUAAAUAAUUGGUCAUCGCAAAUUAAUCAAAUUUUAGAUCUUUUAGAAGAAUCUUCUCAUUUAAUACAAAAAGAAAGAAUGCUACAUGAAGCAAAACUUAAAAGAAUGCAAUUAGAAAAUAAAAAUUUAACCUUAUAA